AUGUUUUUCCUCACCGGCGGAGUGGGUCUGGAGAACAAGCUGGCGAACCCUGCACCCUCGUGGCUCGUGGACAAGUCUUGGGACGAGAUCUGUCGUAUGAGUGACCUCAAGCACUUCAAAGGGUUCAAGCACAAAGAUGUGAAAGCACUGAGAGAUGCUGUACGUCGGAGACACUACUCCACGCUACGUGACGCCAUCAGCAAAGUGGAGACCUCACCGUACGCAUCUGAACUCGCCAAUUCUUUACAGGCAGCCCGAAACUUGCUGGAGCGUCUUACGUACCAGUGGACAGGGGAGCCAGUCAGGCACAGUAUGGGCUACAGUGCAGUCUCAGAGGUCCGAAGGUUCAAAUCUCCACCGGGCUGUGUUGUCGAUUCUGUGAAGGCUUGCUUCCUUCUCGUGGGGACUCCGCUGUCCAAGUUAAAGUCAUGGACGCUGAUUCGAGCGCUGUUGUGUCGCACUGGUCGAGACGGCAUCCUGUUACAGAUGGCUAAAUAUGACCCCGGUAAGCUUCCCCUGACCACAUACAAGAUGGCGGAUAGCCUCAUCCGGAAAUGGCACGAGGAGGAAGUUGGCAUUGUUAGCUUGGAAGCUGCUACCUUCUGGACAUGGGCAAAUACAGCUUUGAACAAAAAGUACAAUCAAAUACAUCGCAAAACUGGGAAAUGAAGUUAUUGAUUGCCCAAAGAAAGGGCGGUGCAUACAGCCAGAAGCAAACAAAGAAACGUUGUUUUACUAAAAUAUUGUUGUUUUGUUUUUCAUGAGAUGUAAAUGUACAAACUU